AAAGCAGUGGGUCAGCGUGUUAUGUGUCACGACGAGUCAAUACGGGAAGUACCGGGAAGCUAAUGACGACCUGCUAAACAACACCGAUGAAGAGACGAGCAACAUAGUGCCACAAAGAAGUCAAUUAAUGUUGGUGCCAGCAGACUCUUUACAAAAGCGGAUGUUACCACAAUGGAAGGAGCUCUCAGAAUCGUCGUGUUUUCGGUCAUUUUCUUGUCUUCACAGGUAAACUGCCAAGAGGCAAUCUUGCACAUCUCAAAUCUAAAUACAGAGAGGGAAUACUGCCUGGUGCACAAUCACUCCUGGACCCCCCUGUCACAAACCCUUGAUGCUGCAGAACAGUAUAUGCUGGUGAAUCUGACCUACACUGUGCUGUGUGAUGCUUCAGGGGUCAAUCCAAAUGUGGUCAAGGACAAGGCUGUGGUGGUGAUGAGGGGGGACUGUGAUUUCAGCCAAAAAGCUCUGGUUGCACAGUCCCUUGGAGCGAAAGCUUUACUGAUUGCCAGCAACAUAUCAUUGAUCACUCCAUCAGCCAAUGACUCUGAGUAUGCAAAAGUCCAUAUUCCUUUGGCUCUCAUGCGGUACAGGGACUUCCUGGAAGCCCAGAAGGUGUUCAAUGAAGACAUGCAGGUGAAGCUGUAUGCUCCACCAUUCUCAAAGAUUGAUGCAAGCAUAGCAGUCAUGUUACUGAUUUCCAUCGUCACAAUCGCCUUGGGUGGUUACUGGAGCGGGGCAUGUGAGAGUGAGCGGUUGAAAGGUCGUUUUGCUGGGGGAGGAGGAGAAGACAACAAAUCAGACAGUGGAGAGCUUUUCCUGUACUCUCCUCUCAAAGUGGUUUUCUUCGUGGCCCUGAUGUGUGGAAUGCUGGUCCUCAUGUACUUCUUCUACAGCGUCCUUGUUUACAUCAUUAUCGCUAUAUUCUGCCUUGCGUCUGCCUCUGCACUGUACAGCUGUCUGGAUGCAGUCAUGGACCUAAUUGGCUGUGGCACAGUGAGUUUCUCUGUCCGGAACUAUACCUUCUCAGUGAGGUCUAUCAUACUUGCUGCUGUGUGCAUCAGCAUUGCUGUGGUCUGGGGAGUCUACAGGAAUGAAGACAGAUGGAUCUGGAUCUUGCAGGAUCUACUUGGCAUUGCUUUCUGCCUCAACUUCAUGAAGACCAUUUCACUGUCCAACUUCAAGAUCUGUGUCAUCCUCCUGAGCCUCCUGCUUGUGUAUGACGUUUUCUUCGUCUUCAUCACUCCUUUCUUCACCAAGAAUGGAGUCAGCAUUAUGGUCCAGGUGGCCUUGGGCCCAGAUGCAUCUGCAGAGAAGACGCAAGGUAACAUGGUGGAGGUCCCUGCUGAACCCCAGACACCCUCUGAGAAACUGCCAGUGGUGAUGCGUGUCCCACGGUUCUCAGCUUGGGCUCAGAACCUGUGUGGGAUGCAGUUCUCCAUUCUUGGAUACGGAGAUAUCAUCGUUCCAGGUCUCCUGGUGGCCUACUGCAGCAGGUUUGAUGUUUGGAUCAACAGCAGGAGAAAGGUCUACUUCUUAAGCUGCUGCACAGCCUAUCUGCUUGGAAUGAUAGUGACGUUUGCUGUGAUGCUUUUGUCGGGCAUGGGUCAGCCUGCACUACUUUACCUGGUGCCCUUUACACUGAUAACCUCCGCUGUGUUGGCUGGGUGUCGGGGAGAGAUGAGGCAGUUUUGGACAGGAACUUCUUAUGAGGUCUUGGACUCAUCCAGGAAACCUUUGCUGCCAGAGAGAAGAACUGACUCCUCCGUAGAGGGAGACACAUGCUGACCAGUUAUACGAAUGAACCCAACAACUGGAUGCUUUCUUUUUACAUUUUAUAUUACAUUUGCAGAGCAAGGGAACAUGUGUUAUUAAUCAACAGAUUCUUGAAAAAACAGAUUGGGUUCAUUUCAUGGCUGUGAAAGAUUAGGAUGCAAAUAUACAUUGUGUAGGUGAAACGUAUGUUUUCAAUGGUUGAAAGGCUUUCUUAGUGCCUGAAAGGUCUGUUAAGUUCACGUUUAAAGAUGUAAUGACUUUGCCUUGGUGAUGAUUGCAAAGAGCAAAAUGAGAACGCACUUUAUAAUAUUCAGCUUGACAGUUGUUAUAUAAGCGGCGGGGCGGGGUGGGGGGGGGAUGGGGUUUUAAUCACUUGUAGCCACAAUAUGAAGUUUUGAUAACUGUUUUGGGGUUUCUGUGUAACCUGUUUGUAUUAAGUGAUUUCUUUAAAUGCCUUAUAUUAAAAUGUUCAACUUCUA